CGCGUCGCGAUCUCUCCCCUCCCCUCCCCACCCUCCCUGGACUGCCAAACCCCUCGCCCCCCGCCACCCGCCAGCCGCCGCCGCCGCGCUCCGAUCCGGACCUCCGAGGAGCCGCGGCGCGCCCCGAGCUCGUCGCCGCCCGCGAGGCCGCCGCGCCGCAGGUCGCGGCGAGCGAGCGCCCCUCAUUGCGGCGCGGUGAUGGGGCGCUGCCGCCGCCGGGGUUGAUGCGGAGGCCGCCAUGUCGGACGCCUCGUCGGAUCUCGGCGGCAUCCGGGCAGGGCCCGUGGAGCGCGACAUCGAACAGGCUAUCACCGCUCUCAAGAAAGGUGCUUACUUGUUGAAGUAUGGGCGUAGAGGAAAGCCAAAGUUUUGUCCAUUUAGGCUAUCCAAUGUGAGCCUUCUUUGCUCUCUCCAACUUAACAGUGUUCUUGUUCCUGCACAAUCCUCUGACUUACGUGGUGUAUUUUAUGCUUUUUGGCUCCUUCAGGAUGAAUCUGUAUUGAUAUGGUUCUCAGGGAAAGAAGAGAAACAUUUGAGAUUGAGCCAUGUAUCUAGGAUAAUUCCUGGACAGCGGACUGCAAUUUUUCAGAGGUAUCCACGGCCUGAGAAGGAAUGUCAGUCUUUUUCUCUAAUUUCACAUGAUAGGUCAUUGGAUAUAAUAUGCAAAGAUAAAGAUGAAGCUGAAGUAUGGUUUGCUGGGUUGAAAACAUUGAUUUCCCGUAGUCACCAAAGAAAAUGGAGAACUGAAUCUAGAAGUGAUAUCCUUUCCUCUGGUGCAACUAGUCCAAGGACUUACACACGGCGGAGUUCUCCUUUGAGUUCACCUUUCAGCAGCAACGACAGCAUCCACAAGGAUGGCAGUGACAAUUACCGACUCCGUACUCCAUAUGGGAGCCCUCCGAAGAAUGGAUUGGAAAAGGCCUUUUCUGAUGUCAUGUUGUAUGCAGUUCCUCCCAGGGGAUUUUUUCCAUCAGAUUCUAAUGCCGGAUCAGUCCAUUCUAUGUCUUCUGGACACUCGGAUAACACAAAUGGGCACCCUAGAAGUGUUCCAAUGGAUGCUUUCCGAGUCAGCUAUUCAAGUGCUGUUAGUUCAUCUAGUCAUGGUUCUGGUCAUGAUGAUGGAGAUGCUUUAGGCGAUGUGUUCCUAUGGGGGGAAGGAACCGGGGAAGGAAUUCUUGGUGGUGGUAAUUUUAGAGUUGGAAGCUCCUCAGGUGCAAAAAUGGAUUGCCUUGUACCAAAACCAUUAGAAUUUGCUGUGCGGCUUGAUGUACAGAACAUAUCUUGUGGAGGAAGACAUGCUGCACUUGUCACUAAACAAGGAGAAAUUUACUCAUGGGGUGAGGAAUCAGGGGGACGGCUUGGUCAUGGUGUCGAUUGUGAUGUAUCGCAGCCAAAACUCAUUGAUGCUCUUUCUCAUAUGAACAUUGAGCUGGUAGCAUGUGGUGAGUACCACACUUGUGCUGUUACACUAUCCGGAGAUCUUUACACAUGGGGGGAUGGCACCUUCAAAUUUGGGCUUUUGGGUCAUGGGAAUGAUGUAAGUCACUGGGUACCAAAGCGCGUGAAUGGACCACUAGAGGGUAUACAUAUCUCAUCACUUUCAUGUGGACCUUGGCAUACAGCACUAGUAACUUCUGCUGGACAGCUUUUCACAUUUGGAGAUGGAUCUUUUGGUGUUCUGGGUCAUGGAGAUCGUGAAAGUAUUUCAGUCCCCAGGGAAGUUGAAUCCCUCAAAGGGCUACGCACGGUGCGGGCGGCUUGUGGUGUUUGGCAUACUGCUGCAGUUGUUGAAGUUAUGGCUGGAAAUUCAAGUUCUAGCAAUUGUUCUUCUGGUAAGAUAUUUACAUGGGGUGAUGGUGAUAAAGGUCGCUUAGGUCAUGGUGACAAGGAACCACGACUUGUCCCAACUUGUGUUGCUGCUUUGGUGGAGCCCAACUUUUGUCAGGUUGCUUGUGGGCAUUGCUUGACAGUAGCCCUUACAACUUCUGGGCAUGUGUAUACAAUGGGCAGUGCUGUCUAUGGUCAACUUGGGAAUAUACAAACUGAUGGUAUGCUUCCUGUACGUGUUGAAGGGAAGCUGCACAAAAACUUUGUGGAGGAGAUCUCAUGUGGCGCUUAUCAUGUGGCUGUCUUAACGUCUAGGACUGAGGUAUACACAUGGGGCAAAGGUGCAAAUGGCCGGUUAGGUCAUGGUGAUACUGAUGAUAGGAAUACACCUACAUUGGUCGAAGCACUGAAAGAUAAGCAAGUCAGAAGUGUUGUUUGUGGAAUUAACUUCACUGCAGCAAUAUGCAUUCACAAAUGGGUAUCUGGAGUUGAUCAAUCAAUGUGCUCAGGUUGCCGUCAGCCAUUCAAUUUGAGGAGAAAACGUCAUAAUUGCUACAACUGUGCUCUAGUAUUUUGUCAUUCCUGCAGCAGUAAAAAAUCUCUGAAGGCUUCAUUAGCACCGAAUCCAAACAAGCCUUACCGUGUCUGCGAUAGCUGCUACAGAAAACUGACAAAGGGACAGGAGACAGACAUACAUUCUUCAGCGAAGCGGGCUGCUAGUGUACCAGGAUUCAGUGAUACAAUUGAGGAGGAUCUGGAAACAAGGUCAAAUGCUCAACUAUCAAGAUUGUCUUCAAUGGAAUCUUUUAAGCAUGUGGAUAGCAGAUAUUCCAAGAAAAACAAGAAAUUUGAAUUUAAUAGCACCCGUGUUUCCCCUGUGCCAAAUGGAAGUUCACAUUGGAGUGGGCUUAACAUUUCAAGAUCUUUCAAUCCUGUAUUUGGAUCUUCUAAGAAGUUUUUCUCAGCAUCAGUUCCUGGAUCUAGAAUUGUUUCUAGGGCAACAUCACCUAUUUCGAGAAGAGCAAGCCCUCUGCGAUCCACAACACCAACUCCUACUCUAGGUGGUCUAACAUCUCCAAGAGUUGCUGCCAAUGAUGGAAAGCCAACAAAUGAUGCACUGAGCCAAGAGGUUCUGAAUUUGAGGUCCCAGGUGGAGAGUCUUACCAGGAAGUCUCAACUCCUUGAAGUGGAGUUGGAGAGAACUACCAAACAAUUGAAGGAAGCUAUUUCCAUUGCCGGGGAGGAAACUGCAAAAUGCAAGGCGGCAAAGGAAGUAAUCAAGUCACUCACUGCACAGCUGAAGGGAAUGGCGGAGAGAUUACCUGGAGGAGCAGCCAAGAACACUAAACUGCCACCUCUUCCUGGAAUUUCCAUUCCAAAUGACAUUUCUUCUAUGGGUACAGAGAGUUUGGGCAGCCCAAGUAGUUCCGGAGAACAAAUCACAAAUGGUCAUAAUGGAUUGCUUGCUUCUAAUGGACCAAGUUCUGUCAGGAAUAAGGCGAGUCAUGCAGAAGUUACCAAGAAUGGAAGUAGGCUACCUGAUGCUGAAUCUUGCCAGGAUGCUGAAUGGGUGGAGCAAGAUGAACCAGGUGUAUACAUUACUCUCACCGCCUUGCCUGGAGGUGCCAGAGAUCUCAAGCGGGUUCGGUUCAGUCGGAAGAGAUUCAGGGAGACACAAGCAGAACAAUGGUGGCAGGAGAAUCGGGCAAGGGUGUACCAGCAGUACAAUGUCCGCGUGGUUGACAAAUCAACUGCCAGUGUCGAUAAUGACAUUGCAUCUAACUGACAUUAGAUUGACCUGGAGAAACAUACUUGAUUACAAGCGGAGCUGAGGCCAUGUACCCUACCUAUGUGAAGUCUCUCGUCAGUCAAGCUCGCUUGCUAACGUGGCUACCAUUUUACCUAGCCCCUUGACUCCUUGAGAAGAGGAGGUUUCCACACAGGAAAACAGGAUGGAUGAUUUAUUUUUUUCUUCAGUUUUACAUAAUUCUUUACUCCCCUUCCCCCUUUUUUUCUUUUUUGUUGUGUGAAAAGUAGAGUGCUUGAGCAGAAGUAAUGUAAAUGCUUAGUAGCAGCAGGCUAAUCUAUCUUGUAAAUGCAUAAGCAAGCAUCAAUUUUAGAAUGUAUUGGAAAUUUUCUGAAAUGAUUGCUAAAGGCAAGUGCAAAUCUGAGCUAAGUGGCCGUGAUCUGGGAGCAGCUAAGUUUGGUUUGAGAUACUGAGCUCAGAUA